CUCCCAACCAUAACCGUCUAAAUCACACAAUUUACAAAUCUCUCUGAUCACAUCUCUCAAACUCAAGCACCCUCCCUCUGGAAACUGCCGCCGCCGCCGCCUCCUCCGGCCAACGACGCCUCUCGCCCCCUCUUAAACUUUCUCCUUCCCUCUCUUACUCUCUUCUCACAGAACACGCCCACACACGAACAACCUACGCCGCCGCCCAGACUCCGGCGACUUCGCCGACCGCCACUGCCGCGGUCACCACCACCACAGCCCACAUCUCCACCGCCUUCCACCUCUUCACCCAAAAGCCAUAUAUCUCCCCCCGGUACUCUCUCUCGUCGCCGCUGCACAGCCGCCGCUGCACAUGCAGCGACGGUGGCCGUCGCCGCCCCCUCCUUCACCAACGUGCUCCUGCUCGGCCUCAAUCCUAAAUCCGGUGACCACCUCCACCUUUGGCCAUCUGCCGCCUCCUAUCUCAAUCUCAAAGUGUCCAAUUUUAUUCCAAUUGUGUAACUGACAGAAUUUUAUUCUACUUCUAUUGGUUCUAAUUUCUUUUCAAUUUUCGAUGAGUUUAGAGGAGAUGAAUCGUUGAGGGCAUCAGAUUAUGUAUAAGCGUGUGUGUGUUUUCUUUAACCGAAGAUGUGUGUUUGGGCAUCUGAAUUUAAGAAUGAAAAUCAUGUGAGAGGUGACUUCGCUACAGGCCGGAGAGCCUUGCACUACGCGGCUGAAAUGGGAAAUUUGGUGAUUUGCGAAAUCUUGAUUGACAAGUUCGGAGCCUUUGUUGAUAUCCCGUCUUACAGCGGGGAUACUCCUCUGCUAGAAGCUGCCAAAGGGGAACAUGUUAAAGUUGUGGAAUAUCUGAUCAACCAUAAUGCUCUACAUCAGGUGCCGAAUAAAAAGGGAUUCACCGCGUUGCAUUAUGCAGUUCUAAAAGGGAACAAGCAGCUUAUGGAGAUCUUGCUGGCAAACGGUGCUCCUACGGAGAUAGAUUCUGUGGAUGGAACACCUUUACAAAUUGCUGCAUCUCUUGGAAAUCUCAAGGCUGUGAAGUUGCUGCUGAGAAAUGGGGCGGCGGUUGGAAAUCUCAUAAAAUUUAGUUGUGCUAAUUUUGUGAUUAGCAGCUUAUGAAUGGUGCUCUGCUUUCUGUUUUGCAGAAAGUAAAUAAAUAAGAAGAUAGUUGAAGGUAUUCUGCUGUGUCGAAUAAAGUUAUGAAAAUUUACAGACUAAUAAAUUUUACAGUUGAAGCUCUGCA